GCCGUUCGGCAGACACGCGAGGCAGCGCAGCGAGGAGGACAGCAAGACGGGGUGCACGACGAUCCGACAGCGGCUUUCGCAGGCGGUGGCGAGGUAACGGAGGUCGAGGUCAAGGUCGGCAGCGAGGUCGCGGGUGACCUGACCCCUCUGGGACGCCAUCGCGUGCUUCUUGCUCACUCGCUGCGCAGCGGACCGUGAUGGCCAUCUGGCGGACCUGCCUGGCUUGCGCGCUGCUGGCAACGCUCGCCGGCGGCGCCGAGCUGCCGGCCAAGUGGUGGCUCGUGUCGGAGGAGGACCCGUUCGGCGCCCUGCUUGAGGAGCUGGGCGAUGACGCACCGCCGCGACUGAGCGAGCCGCCGCCCCGAGUGAUCGAGGACUCGAGAGCUCACUCGCCACCGCCACCGCUGGCGGCGAGAGAACCCACCCGCUUCCCUGCGCGCCGGCCCGUCGGGGCUGCCGGCACGCCGUCGGGGCCGGCUAGCGCUGCCGCGAUGGCGCUGCCGCCGCCGCCGGCGGCUGGUCUCGUCGGCGGCGGCGCCGGCUUUGGAGGAGGCGGAAGAGGCAGCAGCUUUGGAGGAGGAGGCGGCGGCGGCGGCGGCGGCGGCGGCGGCAGGGGAGGAAGCGGAGGAGGAUCCCGUGCGCCUUCGAGACGCCCGAACGGUGGCGCGAUCGUGUUCCCGACCGAGCCGGCGACGGGCACGGAGAAGCUCGGGCCGGUCAGGUGCUUGUGCAAGCCGGCCGCCCAAUGCCCACAGCUCAGCUCACCUCUCACCCCGCGCAGCGAGUUCGGCAACUCGCGCGCGCAGGCGGACAAUCCGUUUGGCAGCUGUGGCGCCGGCCAAGUCUGCUGUCCCCUGCAGCAGUCGUAUGGGUCCAAGUGCGGUCGAAUCGUCCCAAGAGCUCGCUCGCAACAGGGCGUGCGGGACUCGCAGGCGCCGUGGGCGGUGGCGCUGCUGGAGAAGGUGCCCAACGGCUUCAUCUUCGCCUGCGGCGGCGCCCUGAUCCACCCGCAGGUGGUGCUCACCGCCGCCCGCUGUGUGGACAGGCUCGGCGAGAGGAAGAAGUCCCUGGUGGUGAGACUCGGUAUCAAGGACCUGCUCUCUACCGACGAGUCGAUGCCCAACGUGGAGAUGGAGGUGGAAGAGUUUCUGCUGCACCAGAACUACAGUCGUGAGGAGAAGUACAACGACGUGGCGCUCCUGUUUCUGCGCGCGCCGGUCGAGCUGGGGCCCAACCUGGGCACGAUCUGCGUCCGGCCGAAGGUCGAUGGAAACAGUGGCUGCACCGUCCACUCAUUCGGCCUCCAGCCAGCGGGCUCCUCGUCGUUCGACCUGCGGCUGCGGGAGGCCGACCAGACCCUGACGCCGUUCGUCGACUGCCAGCGACUGCUACGCAGCUCGCCGAAGGGGCCCUUCUUCCAACUGCACCCGAGCUUCGUGUGCACGCGCUCCGAGGCCACCUGCGACCUGGGCGAGGACCGAGCCGGGUCCCCGCUUACCUGUCCGGACGCCGCCGCGCGCGAGCAUCAGCUGCGGGGCCUCGUCGCCUGGGGCGUCGGCUGCCAGAGCCAGCAGAAGCCGGGCGUCUACACCAGCGUUAGCGACUUCUAUCGCUGGAUCGACUACCACGUGACGGACCACUUCCGCUACAUCGAGUCGUAUUUCGGGUUUAAUCAAGUGUGAUGACAUGAUGGCUCGAG